AUGAGCCUUUCCCACCACUCAGGAGCUGUAAGCCGAUCGGCUUCACCAGGAGUCAUGGCUGUCCCUUUGCUCGACAAGAAGAUUGUUAAGAAGCGUGUGAAGAAGUUCAAGAGGCACCAGAGUGAUCGCUUUGUGUCUGUUAAGCCAAACUGGCGCAGGCCCAAGGGUAUUGACUCCCGUGUCAGGAGAAAGUUCAAAGGAUGCACCCUCAUGCCAAACAUCGGCUACGGGUCAGACAAAAAGACCCGUCAUUACCUUCCCAAUGGGUUCAAGAAAUUUGUCGUUCACAACGUGAAGGAGCUGGAAAUCCUGAUGAUGCACAAUAGGACAUACUGUGCCGAGAUUGCUCACAAUGUCUCGACUAGGAGAAGGAAGGAUAUUGUUGAACGAGCUGCUCAGCUGGAUAUCGUCGUGACCAACAAGCUUGCAAGGUUGCGCAGCCAGGAAGACGAGUAA